CGCAUCUCUCUCUGCAACUCUCUUGUCGAGUUUCUCUGUUCGCAGCAUCACAUCCCAAGUUCGAACCCGCAAUUAAAAAGGGGUCUGUUGUUCUUGCAUCGACUUCUUUAUAAGGUUCGAAAGUCGAGAAAUGAGCAGAGUUUUGUCGUGGCUUGUCGAGUUGGGUAGGGUUUGAGAUUGGGACAUAGUGCCUCAACUACCGGAGUUUGUGUCUUUUCAAUCGUUCUCGUAGAGCUUGCGAAGCUAUGGAGGUUUAUAAAACAUGGGUCAGAAGCAAUAAAGAAUACGUGCACUCAUUUGAGUCUCUUGCCAAUGGAUUGACAUGGCUUCUUCCUGAACGAUUUUCGGACUCAGAGAUAGGACCAGAAGCAGUAACUGCUGUCUUUGGUAUAAUCACUGCUAUCAAUGAGCAUAUAAUCGAUACAACUCCAGCCGAGGCACAUGCAAGCUUUCAAGAGCCUUAUUCAUUUCCUUUUCCGUUGUGCAUAUCUGCACUAAAAGAUUUGGAGACCUUGGUUGAAGUUGUGGCACAACAUUAUUAUGGUGAUGACAAGAAAUGGAACUUCAUUGCGGUUACAGAAGCAAUUAAGGUGUUAGUUCGGUUAGCUUUGUUCAGAAAUAGUGGAUAUAAGAUGCUUCUGCAUGGCGGGGAAAUGCCAAAUGUUGAAAAGAGUCCUGAUGAUUUGAAUCAUCAACAUAGAGAUGGAGGUUUCUUGAGAAAUGGACAUGGGCAGAACCUAUGGAAACCAGAGGGAAGGGCACUAUCUGCACUGAACAGAUUUGGAGAAAAUGCUAGGAUGAUUUCUGAUCCAGUAUGGUUGCGUCGAGUCCAAAAUCAGCAUGCAAUUAUAGAGCCUCAAAUUGCAGUGAUUAAGAGGCCAACCCUGGCGACAAUAUUGUCUGAGAAGGGUAUUUAUGGGGCACUGUUUGUGAUGGGGGAGACGUUAUUUAUAAUGAGACCUCUUAUUUAUGUUUUAUUUAUCAGAAAAUAUGGAAUUCGGUCAUGGAUCCCCUGGUUUCUUUCCCUGGUUGUGGACUUUUUUGGCAUAGGAUUUAUAACAAAAGUAGCAAAAAGGGUUGGUGGUGGAAAAGAGCAACAGUUUUGUUUCUCCACAGCUGAAAAAGAUGAGUUGAAAAGAAGGAAACUUUUAUGGGCUCUUUACCUGAUGCGAGAUCCGUUCUUCAGCAAGUAUACACGUCAAAGACUUGAAAGCACUGAAAAACUGCUGGAGCCUGUUCCUGUCGUUGGAUUUCUGACAUCAAAAAUUGUCGAGCUUGUCAUCGGUGCUCAGACACGAUACACUUAUAUGUCCGGGUCUUAACUCUUAAACUAGAAACCACAAGUUGUGCGGCUGACAUUCUAUGUUCAGGUGAAACAAUCCUUCAAACUCUAGGACAUUUUCUUCAGAGUUUUGUUUUCUCAGUAAUAUUUGUAGCUGCAAAUGUAGAAAUAAAUGUAAAAUGGCUGUAUAAAAUUGCAGAGUAUAUUACAGCCGUGUCAUUUACAGAAUAGAAAGUAAAGAGAAGUUCAGAUUCUCUUUUGCUCAAUAAAGGAGAUGCCAUGAUCAGUUCAAUACGGGGAUGCUUUACUGGCAAGGUUUAGGAUGUUAAGUAGAGAUUUUUGUGACAUGUCAACGCAUGUAUUAUAGCUGAUUUUGGGCUUGGGCCCAUCAAGGUCCAUGUACUUUUAAGUCAUCCUUUACCAAAUUGAGUUUUAUUUACACCCUGUUAUUUUGAAACUACA